ACAAACAUUGGCAGUAGAAUGGUCCGUACUAAAGAGCUCAGUGACUUUCAACGUGGCACCGUCAUAGGAUGCCACCUUUCCAACAAGUCAGUUCGUCAAAUUUCUGCCCUGCUAGAGCUGCCCCGGUCAACUGUAAGUGCUGUUAUUGUGAAGUGGAAACGUCUAGGAGCAACAACAGCGCAGCCGCGAAGUGGUAGGCCACACAAGCUCACAGAACUGGACCGCCGAGUGCUGAAGCAUGUAGCACGUACAAAUCGUCCAUCCUCUGUUGCAACACUCACAACUGAGUUCCAAACAGCCUCUGGAAGCAAGGUCAGCACAAGAACUGUUCGUCGGGAGCUUCGUGAAAUGGGUUUCCAUGGCCGAGCAGCCGCUCACAAGCCUAAAAUCACCAAGUCAGGCCUUCAAGCAGUGACUGUCGCUGAUGAUAUCAAGGAAAAAGUAAAACUUGACUUACCUAAAGUCAAAGGUCAACUGCUCAUUUUCGGCGCCACCAACUGGGAUCUCAUCGGAAGGAAAGAGGUGCCAAAAGCACAAGCGGCCUUCAGGAACCUAGGCCAGAACUUGUGGGGUCCUCACCGCUACGGCAGCAUGAGUGACGUGCAGGUCAGCAGUGUGGUGUCUGGGCCCUGUGCUGCCCACAGCCUCCUAAUCACCACUGAGGGCAAGCUCUGGAGCUGGGGUCGAAAUGAAAAGGGUCAGCUGGGUCACGGGGACACCAAGCGCCUGGAGGCCCCAAAACUGAUUGAGGCCCUCGCAGAUGAAGUGGUGGUGGCUGCAGCCUGUGGACGCAACCACACCCUGGCAUUGACAGAGGGUGGCACCGCCUACUCGUUUGGAGAAAACAAACUGGGCCAGCUGGGCCAGGGCAACCAAACAGAUGCAGUCCUCAGUCCAGCCCUGAUCCAGUACAAUGGGCAGCCCUUGGUCAAGGUGGCGUGUGGGGCAGAGUUCAGCAUGGUGGUGGACUGCAAAGGAAACCUCUACUCGUUCGGGUGCCCAGAGUAUGGCCAGCUAGGACACAACUCUGACGGCAAGUUCAUUGCCCGCGCCCAGCGCAUCGAGUUUGACUGUGAGACCAUUGCACGCCGCGUGGCCAUCUUCAUCGAGAAGAGUAAAGACGGCCAGGUGACGCCUGUACCUAACGUGGUGGUCCGAGACGUCGCCUGCGGAGGCAAUCACACGCUGAUAUUGGACUCCCAGAAGCGGGUGUUUUCCUGGGGCUUUGGUGGUUAUGGACGGCUGGGUCACACGGAGCAGAAGGACGAGAUGGUGCCCAGACUGGUGAAGCUCUUCGACUUCCCCGGGCGCGGGGCAUCCCAAAUCUACACUGGCUAUCAGUGCUCCUUCACUGUAAAUGAGAUGGGAGGGCUAUUUUUCUGGGGGGUCACCAAUACCUCGCGGGAGUCUACCAUGUACCCCAAGGCCGUGCAGGACCUGUGUGGCUGGAAGGUCCGCAGUCUGGCGUGCGGGAAAAGCAGUAUAGUUAUCGCUGCAGACGACAGCACCAUCAGCUGGGGACCCUCCCCCACCUUUGGAGAACUGGGAUACGGAGACAACAAGGCCAAGUCCUCCACUACUGCUCAGGAGAUGAAGACCCUGGAUGGAGUUUACACUGAACAGGUGGUGAUGGGAUACGCACACUGCCUGGUCAUCGCCAGACAGGAUACUCCACAGGAGCAAGAGAUGCUCAAGAAGCUACCAGAGUACAACCCAGGCCCCCUCUGAUGGGGCACCAUCCAGCCACCUUACCAUUUGUCAACAGAUUCUCUCCAGAAUGCAUCUCCCCUUUAGGUCACCUUUGUAAGGCUUGAUGGAUGGCUGGGGAGGGUGGGCUCUUGUAUGUAUGCGAACACAAACAAGUCAGUUCUUUUUGUGUUUGUUCCCAAAGACCAAUGACAUUUUUUUUGUUCAUGAAGUCCAUGGCAGUAUUACUUUUUGUCAGGUCGAUCUGUAUGCAUUGUCAGAAUACAAUCGGGAUCUGAGACAUUGUGCCAUCAAGUUGAUGCUCUCCGGCCAUUGACUUCUGUUACAUUCUUUGGUUAAUCUCUUCACUUGUAUGAUUAAAUGUUGGUGCCAAGGAUGCGCAACUGUCCCUCAGGCCAGUAUCUGCUUGUCAUUCAAGACUUUUUUCACCUCAGUGACCCCUUUUAGCCUGGGAAUAUAGGUGUGGGCACUGCAAUCUUGGCAAUGAGAACCAGCAUGAAUGUGGUUUUGCGACUCUCUUUUAGUGCAAAUGGUUAACAGGGUGUGGUUAUCCUAGUUUUAAAUCAAGACUGGUUGUUUUUCUUAAUUUGUUUUGGUGUCUGGGUCAGAAGGCCCGCAUGUUUUUUACAUUUCAAAUGUGGAAAUGGUAAAGGUUAAUUAAAUUGGUUGAUUUUGUUCAGUCUGUUCUGACAUCUCUCUCCUGCCCCAAGAGGGGUUAAAAGCUUUUGUUGGCCAGUACAUCUUGUCACCACUGCUGUCAACAGCCUGGUUUUGACCACUGUAUGUAGCAGUUAGUAUGCAUCCAUCUGCUGACCAAUCAUCCACCGUACUUUGGGUGAGCUAGGAGUAGAUGACUGGGAUCAUACAGGUGGGCAAGUUUCUUCUACAUACCGAUGAUGUUCACUCCAUGGGUUGAUUUUGGGCCACACUUCUAGCACCAAUCUGAUUUAACCAAUUCUGACAAGCAAAUUUCCCCAUUUACCAAUGAGCAUAUCACACUUUACACAGGUUCUGAGCUGCCAAAUACUUGAGAUUCAUUUACAGAUGGUUAUGCUGGAUUAACAUUGGAAGGUUGACUGUUUUGUCUGCAUUUUGGGAGUUAUGGCUAGCUGAAUCUAGUGCCUUCAGAAAGUAUUCAUACCUGUUCAGUUGUUUCAGCCUGAAUGUAAAAUGUACUACAUUAUUUUUUUUACCCUUGUAUACAAACACCCCAUAAUGUCAGAAUUGUUUAAAUUUGUACAAAUGAAAUAGCUGAAAUGUCUUGAUUCAUAAGUAUUCCACACCUUUUGUUAUGGCAAUCCUAAAUAUGUUCAGGAGUAAAAAUGUGCUUAAGUCACAAGUUAUGUAUAACAUGAUUCUUUAAUGACUGCCUCAUCUCUGUACCCCACACAUACAAUUAUCUAAGGUCACUCAGUUGAGCAAUGAAUUUCAACCAAAGACCAGGGAGGUUUUCCAAUGCCUCUUAAAGGACACCUAUUUGUAGAUGGAUAAAAAUGACAAAAUCUGACACUGAAUACCCCUUUGAGCAUGGAUAAGUUAAUGACACUUUGAAUUCUGUAUCAAUACACCAGUCACUACAAGGAUACAGGCGUCCUUCCUAACUCAACAACAUUGUUACUUCACAAUACUAACCUAGUUGACAGGGUGAAAAGGAAGCCUGUACAGAAUAUUCCAUCAAGGCACUAAAUACAAACUGUUAUGUUUGUGGCAAAUCCAAAACUGCACUUGAGUACCACUCUCCAUAUUUUCAAGCAUAGUGGUGGCUGCAUCAUGUUAUGGGUAAGCUUGUAGUCAUUAGGCACUGGAGUUUUUCAGGAUAAAAAAAUGAAACAUAGGAGCUAAGCACAAGAAAAAUCCUAGAGGAAACCUGGUUGUCUGCUUUCUGGAAGUUGAAUUCACCUUUCAGCAGUGAUGUUCGAGUGGCCGAGUUAUUGACUUAAAUCUGCUUAAAUCUAUGGCGAGACCUAAAAAUGGUCUAGCAAUGCUCUGCUAAUUUGACAGAGCUGUAUGAGUUUAAAGAAUGGGAAAAUGUCACAACCCAGGUGUGGAAAGCUCUUAGCCAGAAAGACUACAAAAAGACUACAAAGUUGACUCAGGGGUGUGAAUACUUAUGUAAAUGAGCUAUUUCUGUAAUCCUUUUUCAAUAAAUUUGCAAACAUGUUUUCACUUA